AUGACAGCUCCAGAUGAAAAGCUGCUUACCUUCAUUAGCUUCUACAUAUCCGAUAAAAAAUACGGGAAAACUAAUAAAGAUCGGAAAUAUUAUUUUUCUCUCCUGCCUUCAAAACUCAAACCUCCCCCAUCUCUGAGACUCUCUCACGUAGACGUAACUCUUGGAGGGUCACUGUCCUUUCACUCCCUCGACGAGUCCGUCCACUUUCUAUAUCUUUCCCCAACCUCACUUUCUCUCUCCUCACCAACUCCCUUCUCACUCCAUUCUCUCUCCUCAACAACAACAACAACAACAAUGGCGGCCACAAUAUCUCCAGCUCAAAUCGGUCUAGCAGGUCUAGCAGUAAUGGGUCAAAACCUCGCUUUAAACAUCGCCGAAAAAGGUUUCCCAAUCUCCGUCUACAAUCGCACUUCUUCAAAAGUCGACGAAACCCUAAAUCGCGCAAAAAUCGAAGGUGAUCUUCCUCUAAUUGGUCACUACACUCCUCGUGAUUUCGUCCUCUCAAUCCAACGCCCUAGAUCCAUCAUCAUCCUCGUGAAAGCUGGUUCACCUGUUGAUCAAACCAUCAAUUCUCUCUCCUCUUUCAUGGAACCUGGUGACACAAUCAUCGAUGGUGGAAAUGAAUGGUACCAAAACACUGAACGACGUCUCAAUGAUGCACACUCUAAUGGAUUACUCUACCUUGGUAUGGGUGUUUCUGGUGGAGAAGAUGGAGCUCGUUAUGGCCCUUCACUUAUGCCGGGUGGUGAUUUUAAGGCUUAUGAUAAUGUAGAGAAGAUUUUGAAGAAAGUUGCAGCUCAAGUUGAUGAUGGACCUUGUGUUACUUACAUUGGUGAAGGUGGUGCGGGUAAUUUUGUUAAGAUGGUGCAUAAUGGGAUUGAGUAUGGAGAUAUGCAAUUGAUUUCGGAGGCGUAUGAUGUGUUGAAGAAUGUUGGUGGAUUGAGUAAUGAGGAAUUAGCUGAGAUUUUUGAUGAGUGGAAUAAGAGUGAGCUUGAGAGUUUUUUGAUUGAGAUUACUGCUGAUAUUUUUAAGGUUAAAGAUGAAUUGGCUGAUGGUGGAUUGGUUGAUAAGAUUUUGGAUAAGACUGGGAUGAAAGGUACUGGUAAAUGGACUGUUCAACAAGCUGCUGAACUCUCUGUUGCUGCUCCUACUAUUGCUGCUUCUUUGGAUUGCAGGUACUUAAGUGGGUUGAAGGAGGAGAGAGAAAAUGCGGCUAAGGUGUUGGAGGCCGCGGGAAUGAAGGAGGAGGUCAAUGCGGUUAGAGGAGGAGUUGAUAAGAAGAGGUUGAUUGAUGAUGUGAGGCAAGCUUUGUAUGCUUCAAAGAUAUGUAGUUAUGCUCAAGGGAUGAAUUUGUUGAGGGCAAAGAGUUCUGAAAAAGGUUGGGAUUUGAAUUUAGGGGAGUUGGCGAGGAUUUGGAAAGGUGGGUGUAUUAUUAGGGCAGUUUUCUUGGACACGAUUAAGAAGGCGUAUCAAAGGAACCCCAACUUAGCUAGUUUGAUUGUUGACCCUGAGUUUGCUAAAGAGAUGGUACAGAGGCAAGCAGCUUGGAGGAGGGUUGUGGGUUUGGCGGUUUCUGCUGGGAUAAGUACGCCGGGAAUGUGUGCUAGUCUUGCUUAUUUUGAUACUUACAGGCGUGCCCGGCUUCCUGCCAACCUUGUUCAAGCUCAGAGGGACUACUUUGGCGCUCAUACCUAUGAGAGGGUUGAUCGCCCUGGUUCCUACCACACAGAGUGGUCGAAGCUUGCUCGUAAGAGUAACCCUGGUGUUGCUGCUGCGCUUCACUGAGCUAUGCUUUUUUUUCCUUGCCCUGUGUUCUCUUAUCAUGUAUUUCUGUUGUUUCAAAUUGAAGUUGGGAUUUUGUGCCUCCAACGGUGAUCCCUUGUUAGGCAUAGGAAUUGUUACAGUAUUGUUUUAGCUCAGUAGAAAUGAUAGUGGGAACUGAUGUUAAUAAGAGCAUGUCUUUUGAAAUCAAUACAAGCACUCACAGGUGCUGUCAAACUAAA